CUCGAAUCCCCACUAAUUGGGGCAAAAGAAGGAGACACCGGCCGCGGGGCGCUAGACGACCGAACUCGGCCGAUUCCGCUGCGUGACGUCAGCCUCGGGCACUUCCGCCUCUAUGUUCGGAUAGUGUCGGAAAACCUCUUCUUCUUCCGCCUCUUUCCUGUAACGUCACAUUCGUAAACUCUAGUGAAGCCCCGCCUACCUUGAGCUUUCCGCUGUCGUCUGGUCGUGUUUUUCCGGAUCACUAGAACUGUGUGCGUUUGGAGGCACCUAGUGGAGCUCUUUGGAACUGCAGUCAUUUAUCGAAUAACCCCAAAACCCAGGAUUUUUUAAGAUGACAUCGGAGGAGAAUAACCCAAUCUCGUAUAUACCUGCUCAAGAAAUGCGCUGUGUUCUGCAUUGGUUUUCUGGCUGGUCAGAGGGACAACGCAAUCGUUUUAUGGAGGAUCUGCUUUGCAAGGCUGUGCCGGGGAAGCUGUGUCUUCUCCUGGAAGGGCUGGGCUCCCUGCAGCUCAAUGCGCCCCCACCCAGCCUCUUCCAGUGUCAGAUGAAGCUCUGGGAUCAAUGGUUCCAGAGUUGGGAUGAGGAUGAGAGGAAUGAAUUUUUGCACCGCCUAGAGCAACACGAUCCAGCUUUUGUUGCAAAGUUCUACCAUGAAGUGGCUGGAACUGCAGGCAAGGACUAAGGAAAUAGUAGCCCAGGAAGGAACAUGUCAACUAGUAGUUGGGUGAAAAAGGUGGUUGUCAUGAAAGAUACACCAGUAAGCAUCUCACCACAUACUGCUGGGUGGAGUUGUUGGCUGGUUUGAUAUCAGAUAUAUAAUUUUGUUAUGGAACAACCCUUUAAAAUUUAAUAAAAAUUUUAAAGCUUUAAUAA